AAACUAAUGAGAAGCAAUAUUAUGUGAGGCAGUCUCACUCACACCAGUGAACAGAGAGGGAACUAAUCUGCGACACCCUAUAGGAGAUCCUGAGGAAUAUCAGUGUUAAAGAAAGCAGGCAGUAGCUUUAAUUGGAAAUCAUGGCAGACAAGGAAGAUCCCAAAAAGGGAAAAAGAAGCAAAGGAACGAGCAAAGAGGUGUGUGGUUACCCCCUCAGCAUCUUCUUCAUUGUUGUGAAUGAGUUCUGUGAGAGGUUCUCCUACUAUGGAAUGCGAGCUGUUCUGGUGCUGUAUUUCAAGUAUUUCUUACGCUGGGAUGAUGACUUGGCCACCUCCAUCUACCACACCUUUGUGGCUCUCUGCUACCUGACCCCCAUCCUCGGGGCCAUCGUGGCUGACUCCUGGUUGGGAAAGUUUAAGACUAUCAUCUACCUGUCCAUCGUAUAUGCCAUUGGCCAGGUGGCAAUGGCAGUCAGUGCGAUCCACGACAUCACUGAUACAGACAGAGAUGGGACUCCAGAUAACAUGACCUUUCAUGUCGUGUUGUCCAUGGUGGGCCUCUUACUCAUCGCUCUGGGCACUGGUGGUAUCAAACCUUGUGUGGCUGCUUUUGGUGGAGAUCAGUUUGGUGAUCACCAGGAAAAGCAAAGGAGAACUUUCUUCUCUGUUUUCUAUCUGUGCAUCAAUGGUGGAAGUCUCUUGUCAACCAUUAUUACUCCAAUCCUCAGAGCUCAGAACUGUGGCAUCUACUCUAAACAGAAGUGUUAUUCUCUUGCCUUUGGUGUCCCUGCAGCACUUAUGAUGGUUGCCCUUGUGGUGUUUAUCUUGGGGAGUGGCAUGUACUACAAAGCCAAACCACAGGGGAACAUCAUGUUGGACGUGUGUAAAUGUAUUGGGUUUGCAAUUAAAAAUCGUUACAGACACAGAGGCAACCAGUACCCAAAGAGGAAGCACUGGAUGGACUGGGCUGAGGAAAAAUAUGAGAAACUACUCAUCGCUCAGAUCAAAAUGGUGCUGAAGGUUCUUUUUCUAUACAUCCCACUGCCAAUGUUCUGGACCCUGUUUGAUCAAAAGGGCUCAAGAUGGACUCUGCAAGCUACAACAAUGAAUGGAGAUUUUGGUCUACUGGUCAUACAACCUGAUCAGAUGCAGACUGUCAACCCCAUCCUGAUUCUGACUUUGGUGCCUGUUAUGGACAGCUUGAUAUAUCCUCUGAUCAAAAAAUGUGGCCUGAACUUCACACCACUGAAAAGAAUGACAGUGGGGAUGAUCCUGGCAGCCCUUGCUUUUGUCUGCGCUGCUGUUGUCCAGCUUCAAAUUGAUAAAACCCUGCCCGUCUUCCCAUCUGCCUCCCAAGUUCAGCUAAAAUUACUCAACAUGGGCAAUAAAACAGUCACGGUUCAGCUGCAAGACAAUGAGCCAGCAAUUCUUGCUCCAGCUCAGGUCAGUGAUGAAUAUUUUGUAUUUGAUACGGACCAAAUCACUGUUUUGGCAACAGCAGGCAGCACUACAGUGCAUAGAGGAAUUUCCUUCACCAAAGGAAAGCGGCAAAAACUUCUUCUUCCCUUAGACCUCAACAAAGAAUGGGUGCAGAUUGAUGAUUUAAAUUCCAAGCCAGAAGAGGGAAACAAUGCAAUUCGAUUUGUAAAUGGAAAGAACGCAGAAGUGAAUGUCUCCAGUGCUGUGGCCAAUUUUGGAAUAAUUCAACCGUUUCAUUAUUCCAACUACUCCCUCAUAAAAAAUGGAAAGGUUACAUUCAACUUGCAGAGUGGUUCAGAGUCGUGCGAAUACAGCAGGGACUUUGGAUUUGGAAGUUCCUUUACUUUCCUUAUCCCCAACAAUUUAACCUUUGGACAAAAUUGUCAGGAGGAGAUAACCUCAGCAGAGGACAUCAAGCCAAACUCGGUUCACAUGGCUCUCCAAAUCCCACAGUACUUCUUCAUCACUGCUGGUGAAGUCAUGUUUUCUGUUACUGGCCUGGAGUUCUCUUAUUCACAGGCACCGAGUAACAUGAAAGCAGUGCUGCAAGCUGGCUGGUUGUUCACUGUUGCUAUUGGCAACUUUAUUGUCCUGAUUGUGGCAGAGCUUGCAAAGCUUCCCAAACAGUGGGCAGAGUAUGUCCUGUUUGCAUCUCUCUUGGUGGCAGUGUGCAUAAUCUUCUCCAUCAUGGCAUAUUUCUACACCUACAUCGAUCCUGCAGAAAUUGAGGCCCAGUUCAAGAAGGUCGAUGAUGACGACGAGGAUGAUAAAAGCAAGCAACAGAAAGCAGAGAUUGAAAUGGUUAAAAGAGACUCGGUUAGCAGUAGUGAAGACGAUGAAAAAUCCAAAUAAACCUAAAUCCAAUCAGCAGGCAUCCCUAUCUCCAAUGUCUGAUAUGAAUUUAUUAGUCCAUGGGUUCAAACCUGUCUGGGUGUGUGUUGUUGUUUUUGUUACUUCAUUAGGACCUUUUCUGGUCUAAUCACUGAGACAGACAGUAGCUGCCUCUGUGUGUUGAGAGAUGCAUUCAGAUACACAUAAGUGCAUGUGUGUCUGUUUUUAAUAUUUUAUACUGUUAUGGCAAAAUUAUACCAUAAUCUUGUACAAAUUAUAAAGAUUAUGUUAUAUGUAACAUUGUGGUUAUCUGUGAAGGUGCAUGCCUAUCUAUCUAUCUAUCUAUCUAUCUAUCUAUCUAUCUAUCUAUCUAUCUAUCUAUCUAUCUAUCAUAUUAACAUGCAGUAUUAAUUUAUAUAGUUUUUAAUUAUCUCCUGUCAAUAAACUAU